CCCAGCAGAACAGAUUUCCGAGCAGCACUUGAACGCAGCAAAGCGGCUGGGUUGGUCGCAGCUGACGGUCGUGUCCGGUGCUGAGACAAGUGACAGCAAAUAUACUGAAUCUCAGCAUGGAGAGCUCCACUGACACAGCAGCAGCAGCAGCAGCAGCAGCAGCAGUCGACUCCUUUACAUGCACUUUCUCCCAGGUGGUGUUCACCGACAUCCCGCACUCAUACCCACCCGCGACCCCCGUGACCUGCUGCUACGCCCUCACCGAGGCCUUCCAGCCCAACCCCAGGGACUGGGUGGGUAUUUUUAAGGUGGGGUGGAGCACAACAAAGGAUUAUCAUACCUUUGUGUGGGUGGAACCAUGUCAGGAUGUGACGGGGCAACAGUCAGUGACUAAACAAGCAGUUUUCAAGGAUUACUACCUGCCAAAAGACGAGAUCGAGUUCUACCAGUUCUGCUACGUCGACAGUACUGGCCAAGUGCGAGGAGCCAGCACCCCUUUCUGUUUCAAAAGCCCAGUGGAGCAAAACAUGGAGAGCAGCAUGGAUGAUGACCUGCUGGUGAUCACAACACAGGAACAAGUCGAGCAGAGCGUCCGUGAGAAAGCUGAACUGAUGAAGGAGCUGGAUCAGAUAAGAGAGGAAAACGAAACCUUAAAAAAGGCUCUGCAGCAGGAGCAGCAAGAAGUCGACGGUUUGAAGGAGCAGAAUGGACAGAAAGAGAAAGAAAAGUCUGAAGUGGAGAAAGAACUUGAUCAAAUCAAGGUGCAAAAUGCAAACUUGAAAUACAACUUACAGGAAAAACAGCAAGAAACGGACCGCUUGAAGGAUGAGAUUUUGGUCCAAAUGGCGAAGCAGAUGGAGAUACAGCAACAGAACGCUGAUGAGCAGCAAAAACUCAAAAGUCAGAGUGAAAGAUUAGACGGAGCAUCAAGACAAAACGAGGAGAAAUACGAUCGAGCUGUGAUCAAGAUCAAUAAAAUGAAGGAGGAGCGCGAGGAGCUGAGGGGGAAGAUUGAAGAUCAGAGUGACGAGAUUGCCAAGCUUAAUUCCAAACUCAGAGAAGGAGAAAGAGAGCUGUUCAAGAUGAAAGACAGCAUCCAGCUGCUACAGGUUGACCUUCAGAGCAGUGAGAAAGAGAAGGAGAGGCUCGCUGCGGAGCUGCAACGGCUGCAGAGCGUCACGCAAAACAUGGACGAAGUGAAGAGAGAGAACCAGGAGUUGUGCAGGAGGCUUAACCAGCAGGAGACACAGCAGCAGAGCAGUAAAGAUGAAGAUCUAAAGGCUCAGUGUCAGACUCUGCUCAGACAGCUGCAGGAAGCUCAGGAGAAGUUGGUGGUAGUGAAGGAAGAGUCCAAAAACACCAAGACACGAGCUGAGUUUCUGGAGAGAGAGCUGCAGCAGGUCAGGGAGCAGCUGGACGGUGUAGCCAUGACGUGUGAGCAGGCACAACGGAAAAGCGGCAAACAGGAGAUGCAACUCGUAGAGGCACAUGAAGCCAUCGCAGAUAAGGACGGCAUCAUCGAGGAGAAGGAACACAUGAUAAAGUUUGUCAGACGUGAGAACGAGGAGCUCGUUAGACAGAACGAGGGUCUCAGAGUCGACAUCGAGGAGCUGCGCAGAGUCAACGCCGACCUGCACGCAGCUCCUCCCUCCUCCGACUCGGUGUACAUGCAGCCUGACAUCACCGCAGCAGCAGCAGCUGGAGCCGCUUCAACCACCCAAGACUGGCAACAGGAGGAGUCACCUGAGCAGGGCGAGAACCUGUAUGAGACCAUAGAGAGCGGUGGAGAACCAGAGGAAGAGCAGUUGUUGGUGUGUCGCCACUGCCAGGAGAGUUUCCCGGGCAUCACCCAGAACGAACUGGAGCAGCACGAGCAGAGUCACCGAGUGUGUCCCUUCUGCACGAUGAUCUGUGACAACAUGGAGCAGUCCGUGUUCGAAGAUCACGUCUACAGUCACGAGCUGUGAGAGCUUCACCGGGCCAAAAAAAAAAAACAUGCAGUUAGAUAUGAGUCAGAGGUUCUAGAGGAAAAAUAAAAAACAAGUCUUACAUGUUGGGUGGUGAUAAUUAAAAAGGACUAAAAGAUUCAUGUUGACUGUUUCCUAAAACGCACUCGAGUUUUGUUUUUUUUCUUACCUUCAGCCGACAGUGUCCAUCAUGUGCUGCUUGAGUUGUGUAAUCCAUCACAGCGAACAUCAUGUCCUCAUUUAAUGUGGUCAAAUGUUAUCUUAUCUUGUAUAAUGUAUUUCAAAGUGCAAACUGUUUUGAAAGCUUUGAAGCACCGUAUUACUGCACAACUUGGCUGAGGAUUGUUUGAAUUUUUUUUUUUUUUUUUUAGAUACUUUUCUUACUUUUAGAAAUGCAACCCUUCUUUUUUAUAAUUGUUAAAAACAAACAAAACAAAAGAAGCAAAAGUUCUGAAAAGGAAAAUGUCACAAGAAGACAUUUAAAAUCAAAAAUAUCUCAUCAAAGAAUAUGUGAGCAGCUUUCAGUACAAAUAGGUUGAUACUGAGAGCUGUGAAACAACAUUUGAUAAGAUAAAAAGUCUAAAAAUAUAAAAUCAGACAAUUAAGCAAGUUUAAAUUUGCCUGUAGAGCAGAAAAAAAAAACAUUUUAAGAAACUAGAGUGUGCUUUAGAGGAAAAGUCAGCAGUAAGCUGUAAAUGAUUUGGGUUAAAACAUGUAGAAAUAGUGGUAAUGGUCCUUUAAGUAGAUGAAACUUUACAAUAAAAGCAUGGCUCCAUUAACCACAAUCACUCAUAUACAGUAAAGCUUUGCACCUACUGUCUCUCUAUAGUGAGAUCAUACUGAUUUAAAUGUUUUAUUUUACUUUUACCAAGUUUUUGUUAAUUUUUCAAAAAAAAAAAAUGUAUAUGAUGAGUUGAGUUGUUGAUGUGAGGUUGUGUGAUGUAGCGAGUGAAUUUAUGUGAAAGAUUAAUUCAAAUGAGUGACUGUAAGCACGUUUAAAUACUCCUGCUGACGUAAUAAAAAAUGAGGUCAAACAAA